AUGAGCGGUGACCUCCCAGUUCUCUCCGGGGAGGACACGGCGAAGUGCACGGUGCUGGAGGCCGCAGGUGACGGCAAUUGCUCACUUCACAGCAUCUACAGGCUGCUGCACCCCGAGCGAGAUAGCGUCGUGGGUGCAACACCAGAGGAGAUAAGAGAGACCCGACAAGAAAUGGGUGAUGAAAUGGCAGCAGUUGUUUUCGCUGAGGACUACGAUCUGUUACUGGACAACACGGUGUCCGAGGAAGAAAUGCGGAGAUUGUCCAAUCUCGACUUCGACAAGGGUUUCUACCGAAAGCGCACCUCCUACUCCAGCCGAGCUACAGGAAUCAAACCAGUGAAGACUGUGGAAGAGGUGGUACAGGACAUCCACAGACAACUGGGGAAUGAUUACUUGGCGGUAUGUCAGCUGGCGUUGGUAGCCGAGGUGAAGGAGUGUAAUAUCGUGGUCUGGGAAGCAAAAAUGGGAGGUGGGCUUCGAAUCGUGGAAAUAGGCGAGACCACGGGCUGUUUCGUUGGCAAUCUUUUUGGGAAGGAUUUUCCGCACCUGGUGUACAAUGACUGCGGGGGCCACGUUGCAGAUAAUUACGCUGAAGGUGCGGUUAUAGUGCGCGACCCGAGCAGCAGCAACGUGGCGGCAGCAAAGAUGAACCACUUCAGCGCUAUCGUGAUCCCACAAGAACUCGUGCCAUGGGCAUUGCCGUGCAUGCUCGCACGGGGUUCCUCCGGCGAGUCUGUUUUUGGGCAUAGGGAGGCUGCAGACGAUUUUUGCCCGUGUCCAACCACAUCGGACAAGCGUUCGACGAAACACCGGGGCUCUUCCAUUGUUGUCGACACUGGUGAUGAUGACCAAACCAAGACAAACAGCAGCGUGCGAUCUCCCCGCUCUGCUGGAGGUGCGCGGUCAGUCACAACCGCACCCACCGGCGUAUCCGGCGUAUCAAAGCCGGAGGUGCCGCUGGGGAAAGCGGCGAUCACGCGCGCCACACUUCCUUCUGCCAGCAGCAUGUCGGCGACGCCCGUGGUGAAUGAGACGCCGACGCCGGCGGAAACGCCAACCAAGCUCGCCAGCAGCGAAGCGCAAGAGCUGUCUUCAGAUGCGGCGAAGUCGGAGACGCUAGAGGGAGGUGCUGCCGGCGCAGAUCCGUCAAAAAAGAAGCACGGAAAGCGCAAGCGCCGCGAGACUUGCAAUGCUUUAUUCGCCAGCGGGAAAAGGCAACGGCAGCGCUGUGGGGCCGAGGCGAAAUCCCCCUGUGGUACGCUCUGUAGCAUGCACAGUAAGAAGGGUGGCCAGAACCGUACUUGCGGUAGGGGUGGAAACGGCGGUGAUGACGAAACGGAAUACGUGCAGGAGCCUGAGGGGGACGAGGAGAUGAGUGACGGGGGUAGCGACGGCGAGUUUCCGGGGGAUUUGGCAGACUAUGACGAGCCGUCCGUGACUAUCAAAAGCCCUCAGCAGAUCAACGCUAUGGUGGACAAGAUACCGGAGGGCUGGGGAAAGGCGGCCCUGAAGUUCGUCUUCGAGUUGGUGCAACACACACAUGACUUCCGAAACGACCGCAAGCACGAAAGCUACAGAGGUACGACUUCGUUCGGCAAAACAGGUUUACAAAGUUUGAUGUACACGGAGUUUUGACAUCAACUACUCACACCACCGCGCGUCGGGGGAGGGGGGGGUGUACUCAUAGUCGUGCAUGCCGUAGUCGUUAGACCAUUGACCUCGCAUCCCUACAAAGCCGGGACCGAGCACGCCGGGUUCGCACCGGACCAGGCUCUCACAUCACCAAGCGCGAAGCGCCGUGAGAUGUUC